AUGGCCAAUAUAGAUACGAGCCUCCAUUCGAGCUCUAUUUUCAGAUGGAGAAUGCUUGUACGGCCGUUGAACAACGAACAUGAUCUAGAGAGAACUAAUGAAAUUCAGUUGGACAAAUUAAUGUCUGAAUUCAGAUCCGGGCUAGACGCAUUGACAAGGUUUGUUUUUGAAAGAACAAGGCCGAAGCAAGUUGGGGCAACUAUGAUGACGGGUCCCGCAUAUCCUCUUCAUGGCAGGAAUCAGUUUCGAAUAGGUGUUGGGUUUAAUGAUUAUGCAGCAAUCAUUUUCUGA